AUGGCGGUUCAACAAAAAGGCAAGUUUUUUAUCUUCUGUUUGCUUAUCUUUUUCUCUUCUGUUCAUGUAUCUUGUAACCCUAUUACCCCUGAAUCAUGUUCGAUACAAUCACCGUCCAAAUCCAAUGAUGAAUCUGUUUCUGAAUACAAAACAAGUAAUGAUCAAUUGAAUCAACAAGUUUUGUUGAAUAAGCUUGAAGAGUUGGUGAGAAAUCUAAGUGAUAUAGUUGCGAGAUUAGAGUCAAAACAACUGCAGCAUGAGCUUCCUAAGGUUGCUCAAGAAAAAAGUAGGUUUACUCAGGUAAAGGGUGGUGGUGAUGAUGGAAGAUCUAGUGAUAGUAGAGUAGUUGUUGAAGAUGGUGAAUUUGAGGGGAAAACUCAAAAUGGUGAUAGAGCUAAGGGAAUGUCUGUGACCAAGUAUACUCCUUUUUGGUCAGAGAGGUUUCAAUUUGCAUCUGCUGUGAAAUUGGAUUCUGAUGCAACUUGUAUAAAUGUUUUGCCUUUUAAAGAUCACGAAGGGUUAAGUAAGUAUGUAGCAGUUAGUGAUGAAAAGGGAAGGGUUUAUGUGUUUUUGAGAAAUGGUGAUGUGUUGGUUGAGUUUGAUACUUUGUUGGAUUCGCCUAUUACGGCUAUGGUUUCCUAUACUUCUGCUUUUAAGAAUGAGAGUUUUGUUGUAACUGGUCAUGAAAAUGGGGAGAUGUUGAUACAUAGAGUUUGGGAGGGAUCGGGUGGCGAAGAUUGGAGUUCGCUGUUCAUGGAAAAUGUUGGUAAGUGUGUCUCACCUGAAAAUCAUGAGAAUGGUUUGGCUAUAACUUUGUUGGAAGUUCAUUUUGUAAGGAGGAUGAAGUAUAUUCUAUCGGCCGAUACUAGUGGGAAGAUUAAGGUUUUUAAGGAAAGCGGUUUGUUUUAUGGUUCUGUUACGCCGAGUAAUAAGCCGUUAGUUUUCUUGAAGCAAAGGCUUAUGUUUUUGACAGAAACUGGUGCAGGAUCUAUUGAUUUAAGGGGCAUGAAACUCAGAGAAUCUGAAUGUGAAGGGUUGAACCAUUCUCUUGCUAGAGGUUACGUGUUCGAUGCCACGGACCGUUCCAAGGCUUAUGGAUUUACGUCUGACGGUGAUUUGAUUUAUAUCUUGUUGCUUGGAGAUGUAAUGAACUUCAAAUGCAGGGUUAGGUAUAAGAAGAAGUUUGAAAUGGAGGAGCCUCUUGCCAUGCAGGUAAUUAAAGGGUACUUGCUAAUUGUUAACCCUAAAAAGGUUUUCGUGUUUAAUGUUUCGUCUCCUCAUUAUGUGAGAGUCGGGGUGCCUCGGCCGAUUUUCUCCUCAAGCAUCGAUGAGCUUAGGUCCUCAUUCUUGAAUAAUCCGACCCCGAGUUUGGAUGACGAAACGAAAGUGAUGAUACCGUUGAUAGCUAGUGACCGCGAAAAGCUUGUUAUCGUUGGACUUGGAGGCGGUUACGUUGGAAUGUAUCAUUCCAAUCUACCUAUCUUUAAAGGCGAGUAUAAUACCAUGAUGUGGACUAGUCCGGUAUUGUUCUUCGUACUUUUCCUUUUCGGGGCUUGGCAUUUUUUCUCCAAAAAGAAGGAAGCACUUACAUCAUGGGGACCGGACGACCCCUUAGCAUCAACAUCCGGCGCUCCCUUGGCAUCUAGUUCAACCGAAAGAUCUUUUGUCGACUCUUCUUCGAGAACUUCUGCUGAUGUUAUGGAUCUUAGAAGUGGAGCUCUCAGAGGUCCACCACCGCCCAGAAGGUAUGGCUCUCCUACAAGGUUUCCUGGUGGAGCAGCAAGUAACUACAGACUAGGUACUGCUGAUCAUAAUCCUAGACCAGCUUCAGUUGAUCCUGAUUUUCGAGCAGCAUCUGAGCUUAAAUAUAGAGCAUCAACUAUGGAUCCUCCUGGUUUCCCUAAAAGAAGAGAUGGCAUGUUUGUAGGAAACCAAGUUGUAAAUGAUCGCAGUUGA